AUGAAAGCCUUGAGCGGGAAGGGGGACAAUCCGGAAGAUCCGGAUCGCAUUGGAGACCGAGAUGUCCUUGCUUCCGCCCGUAGAAGAAAGCAGUUAGCUCGAGAAGCAGCGUUACAGCGGGAAGAAGAGAGACUGAGACGAGAAGCUGUUGCAGCUGGAGCCGGACCCUGUGGACCUGCACGCGAUCUCCAGCUAGCUCGUAGUACAUUGCCACAUGCCGACGACGAUGAUGACCACAACAACAAUCCUGAUAAUAUGGAUACUGACGAGGAGAUGGAGGAAGAUGAUGAGCCAGCAGAUGUAUAUCAGGAUCGUAGAGGUGGUCGUGCCUUACCCUUUCCGCAGCUGCCUGGUCCGGCGUACUUGGAGGGUCCGUGCGAGGGAGGACCACAAAAUUACGAAUUUAUGCGAUGGUUCAAAUCGCAUAUAGCGAUGUACAUUUGGGAAGGAUAUGAGCGCCGUGAAACUACACGGUACGAGUCGAGGACCAAAGCACUCGAGGACUACCGCGGCCCGCAGGAUAACACGAUGAUUGCGAGGCUGGAGGCAACAGGUCUUUACCACUUACGAGACUGUUUUCUGAAAAGGAUGAACAAGAACCUCAUGCUAGCUUUCGUGGAGAGGUGGCAGCCGGAGACGAACAGUUUCCACAUGUCAUGGGGCGAGAUGACGAUCACACUCCACGAUGUCGCUUUUAUCCUGGCGUUGCGGCUGGACGGACCGGCAGUGUCUGAAAUUCGUCCGGUAGAAGAGUGCUCACAGAGUCUUGCAUCUGUAUUGGGUGUCGGUCUGAUGGACACCAAUGAGAUGUUUCGAAACAAUGCUGGAUCUUUGAGUAUUUCCCCUGCUUUCGACCACCUAUUUCCCGUUCAUAUACCGAGUUUGAGCCUCGAUGCAGAAGGUGGGCCCAUGGUGGAGGGAAUAAAACCAUGCUGCAGGAAUACCGGAAAAAAACUCGACGCCAUGACCGAAAGAGAUGUGAGUAAUAAUUUUUCUAAUUAUGUCUAUAGUAGAGUUACAGAUUUUUCUAAUUAG